UAGACUGACGUACAAAUUAGAACAAACUUAAACAAUCGACGGUCGUCAUAAUGAGCCUGACAUUUUUUUCCGCCAUUUCUCUAUUAGUCAUUUGUUUUGUGGGCUACUCUCACAGUUGGGUCUUCACAGAUAUUGACUACGCAAAAUUAAGGACAGCCUUAGCCGAUGAAAUUAAAAAUGUUAAAAGCGAGUUAUCUGAUGACGACUUGAAACAGCUGAAGUUCAACUUCAUAUAUCCAGGUACGAAAUGGUGCGGCCCAGGCAACGUGGCAGAUAAUUACGACGACCUCGGCUCGGCUUGGCAGGCCGACAGCUGCUGCAGGGAGCAUGACAACUGCCCAGACGUCCUGGCCGCUGGGGAGACCAGGAUGAACCUGACCAACGAUGCAUUCUACACUAGGCUCAACUGCGGGUGCGACGAGACCUUCCGCCAGUGCCUGCACAAUGCCAAUAGCAGCGUGGCCUUACAGAUCGGCAUUGUUUACUUUGACUUACUGGGGACGCAGUGCUACCGGGAAGACUAUCCCAUCACAGGCUGCGAGCAAAAUUAG